AUGGCUUACUCCUACUUGAUAAGCGUUUUCACUAUUGCGUUCUUUGUCAUGCCAACAUGUUCGAUUUUCUUCGGUGGCGGAGGUGGAGGUGGAGGUGGAUGUUGUGGAGGAUGUGGUGGCAGAAAGAAGAGGUCCAUCGACGAUCAAAAAGAGGACCGAUUCCAUGCUGACGAUGGUGACAAAUUGUGCAACAAUCCCGAAUUGAAGCGAUUUAUUCGAAAGGUUAGUUGUGUGGUUUAA